CAACUACAGAAAGCAAAGCUCGAAACUGGCAUGCUACUCUCGCCUCUCGGUGUCCUAGGAAAGGCAGAUCCUGAAGCACAAGUAAAUCGCUCGAGACACUUCUUCUCUUCGACGAGCACCGAAUCCCUCCAUGUUUCAGCCCAACAAUAUGCAAAUGCUCUUGCAGCUUGGCCUUGGUUUCGUAUUGCUUGCAGCACAGUAUGCACCUGGAAUUGCAGCUCCUAGCUCACAGUGCCGGCGACAGUGUGGAAAUGUUGAGAUACCAUACCCAUUUGGUAUCGAUCCAGGCUGCUCGCUCACACAAGCCUUCGACCUCAGCUGUGAGGUCCAAGAUGGCAUCCCAAAGCCAUUCAGUGGCGCCUUUGAGGUGCUCGACAUUUCUUUGGCUCAAGGCACAGCCCGGGUGCUGAAUUACAUCUUGGGCUACUGCUAUAACACCUCCACCGGGAGCAUGGAGUAUUUUGGCCAGUCCUGGGGGUUCAGUGGAGAUCCUUCUUCUCCCUACCGGCUCUCCGACACCCAGAACAGGUUCACGGUCAUCGGGUGCAGCGCCCUCGCCUUGAUAUCCGACUACGAUGGCACGGGCUACCAGGGCUUGGGCGUCGCAACAUGCCGCAAUUUGUCAGACUUGGUGGACGGAUCCUGCUCAGGUAUGGGCUGCUCCCAGACCACAAUACCAAAGAGGAUGUAUUACUACGACACAACUUUCUCGCCAUCAGUUAACACAAGUCAAAUCUGGGGGUUCAACCGCUGCAGCUAUGCGGUACUAAUGGAGGCAGCAGCAUUUGAGUUCAACACUACGUACGUGAGCACAAACAAAUUCAAUGACACAUAUAACGGACGGGUGCCUAUGAUUCUUGACUGGGCUAUAAGAGAUGUGAAGUCAUGUGAUGCUGCAAAACAGAAUACAACCGGUACUUACGCAUGCCUCAGCGCCAACAGCAAGUGUGUGGAUUCCACCAAUGACCAAGGGUACACCUGCAAUUGCACCAAUGGUUAUGAAGGCAACCCUUAUCUUCAAGACGGAUGCAAAGAUGUUAAUGAAUGCAACCGCAAUCCAUGCCCUUCAGAUGGCUUUUGUCGCAAUAUUGUUGGAAAAUACCGUUGUUCUUGUCGACUUGGCAAAAAAUAUGUCACUGAAAGCAAUACAUGCAACCCUAAUAUCGGCUUCAUAAUAGGAGUUACAAUGGGAUUAUUUGGUUUGAUGGUUAUCGUCAUGAUCACUAUCUUCUGGGGACAAAUGAUAAUUCAAAAGAGGAAACUGAAUAAAGUUAAGCAGGAGUAUUUCCAUAAGCAUGGAGGCGUGCUUUUGUUUGAUAAGAUGAAAUCGGAGAAAGGUCUGGCUUUCAAUGUAUUUUCAGAAGCAGAACUCAUACAUGCCACCGACAACUUUGACAGUGGCAGAAUAAUUGGAAAAGGAGGCCAUGGGACGGUUUAUAAAGGUAUAAUAAAGAACAUGCCGGUUGCAAUUAAAAGAUGUGCAGUAGUUGACGAGAGACAGAAGAAGGAAUUUGGCCAGGAGAUGCUCAUUUUGUCCCAAAUCAAUCACAAGAACGUUGUCAAACUCUUGGGUUGUUGCCUUGAGGUGGAAGUUCCAAUUCUAGUAUAUGAGUUUGUCCUAAAUGGUACACUAUUUGAGCUUAUCCAUGGCAAGAACCAAGCAUUGGAAAUAUCUUUCAACACUCUCUUAAGGAUUGCUCAUGAAGCAGCUGAAGGACUCAGCUUCUUGCAUUCGUAUGCAUCUCCCCCAAUAAUUCAUGGUGAUGUGAAAAGUUCCAACAUCCUGCUUGAUGAUAACUACAUGGCAAAAGUGUCAGACUUCGGAGCCUCCAUACUAGCGCCAUCUGACAAAGAGCAAUUUGUCACAAUGGUUCAAGGUACUUGCGGUUACCUUGAUCCCGAAUAUAUGCAAACAUGCCAGUUAACAGACAAAAGCGAUGUGUACAGUUUUGGAGUUAUUCUUCUAGAGAUUCUCACAGGCCAGCUGCCACUGAAGCUCGAGGGGUCUGAGAAGCAAAGAAGCUUGUCAUUGAUUUUCUUGUCUGCAAUGAAGGAGAAUAAUCUAGAAGCUGUGUUGGUGAACCACGUGAAAGGCCAAGAGAGCAUGGAGUUGUUGAGAGGAAUUGCAGACCUGGCUAAGAGAUGCCUAGACAUGUGUGGCAACAACAGACCCUCCAUGAAAGAGGUCGCCGAUGAACUCAACAGAUUGAGGAAACUUUCACUACAUCCCUGGGUACAGCUCGGCGCCGAGACAGGAGUAGAAAACCUUCUUGGAGGAGAUACUACUGGUGGGUAUGAAAUAGAAUUAAGUGGUUACCCUAUGGGCGAGAGUGAGAACCAGCCCAUAAACCCUAGAAGUUCCUAUUAUGCAAGGUGAGAAAAAACAUGUAUUGUAAUCGGUUAAACCUACUAAAGAUACUUAUGUUCCUUCUAUACCUUGUUACAAUGUGUAAUAUCUACGUUCCUUCUGAAUCUUGUUACCAUGUAUUACAACUUAUAAAUUACAAAUCACUUUUUAAUC